AUGGACGCGUUCGUCAUGGUCCUGUCCUCCGUCAUCAGCCUCUCGAAGUUGCUUAUCUUGCGCUACAACUGGAAGCACACCUAUUCUCUGGUGAAAUCAAUCGCCGAAGACUGGUCCACCGUCAAGGACUCCCGUCAUCGACGCGUCAUGAUGGAGUACUCUCGCAAAGGAAGCCUCGUUGCCACGAUGAUGCUGUAUCUGGGCUUUGCCUCUGGACUCUCCUUCGUCGUCAAAGCUCUCCCGCUCAGCCUUCUUCUACCCUCUCAGCAGUUUUCGAGGGUGGACUAUUUCCUGGCGACGUAUUGCGUGUUCGGUCCUCUGCCCUGGAUGCGUCAGAUUUGCGUGCUCGCGAUGCAAGCUGCACAGAUCUUCGUCAACGUCGUUGCUCAUUGUGGCAACGACGGAUUCUUCUUCUACUUGACGAUGCACCUGUGCGGCCAGUUCGAGGUGCUGAAGAUGAAUUUCGCUGAAAUCGAGACGGACAAGUCCGGGCAUCGCGAGAGGAUCGGUCUGCUCGUGAAACGACACUGUCGCCUCUUGGUGCUCGCCGACGAUCUCGAGCAAAGCUUCAACAUGGUUAUGCUGAUACAGCUGCUGAUGAGCACGAUGCUCUUGUGCGUGGAAGGGUUCACGAUGCUGGUCUGCCUGAACGCGAACGACAAUAUUGGCGCGUUGAAGUGCAUCGUGAUCAUCGUGACGUUGCUGAUGCAGCUGUACAUUUACACCUACGCCGGCGACAGUCUCGAAUCCCAGACGGAGGAGAUCGCGUUUGCCGCCUACGAUUUGCCCUGGUAUCGUUCUCCAGGACGCGUGGCGAGGGACCUGGUGUUGAUCAUCGAUCGCGGAAACUCGCCGUACAGCAUCACUGCCGGAAAAUUCGUGUCGAUGAACUUGUACACGUUUAAAGAGAUAUUGAAGGCGUCCACCUCCUACCUGUCCGUUCUGAAGGCGAUGAUGGACAAAUUUGCUGGCCGAGCGAAGGAAAAAGGACAUGCGUCGCGUACGCUUGGGAAUAGUUUUCUACGAUCUCUUCGUGACGUCCCGAAAAAAAUGAACGCGUCCUCGAGCAAGGACUUUGCUUACGCGAUGAUCCCGUUGAAGAUCCUCGCGUGGCCCGUGGGCACCUGGCCCCUCGAGAAAUUCAACGUUUCCUCGAUCCUGCGAUUCAGCGUCGCUAUCAGUCUUCUGGUGUUAAUGAUGGCCAUUGUACAGACGGAGAUAUAUUUGGAUCACAGCGACCCCGAAAAGAACCUGGACACCCUGGUGCUGACCACCUGCGCCAUAUUAGCGAUAUCGAAGGUGGCGUUGUUCCGUCUUCGCGCCACUGGCCUGAUGUCCAUCUUCACCGCGGCGGUGAAGGACUACGACGAGCUAUCUGGAGUAGAGAAACGGGCGAUCGUGAGACAACACGCCUUCAUGGGACGAGUGGCGUGCGCCAGCGUCAUAUGCUUUUCGUAUCUAGGCUCCACGUUGUUCCUGACGCUUCCGAUGCUGGCAGAGGACGAAGACGUCCCGAUAAAACACACCAACGAUACCCAAGACGAGCCCCUGGACUAUCCUAUUCCUUCGGAAUACACGAUGCUCAGUUUAAACGUAUCUGAAAAUUUGUACCCGGUCAUCUACCUCUUGGAAUACGCGAUGAUGCUGAUCACCAGCACCGGAAACCUUGGUAGCGACGGACUGAUAUUCGGCAUCACUUUUCACCUGUGUGGUCAAGCAGAGGUCCUGAAGCUGGACUUUGGCAGAUUUGCCAGCGAGAGCGAGGCCGCGAAGAACCGUUUCGACGCGUUGACCAGCAGGCAUUGUCACAUCUUGAACUUGAUCGAACAGCUGAACCACACGCUCAGCUCCAUCUUGGUGAUACAGCUGUUCACGAGCUGCGUGCUUAUCUGCACGUCCGGGGUUCAGUUUAUUUUGUCUCUAAGCACCCACAACGUAGUGAUGGUGAUAAAAACGUUCAUAGUGGUGACCACGUUGUUGACGCAGUUGUUCGCCUACAGUUACGUGGGCGAGUACUUGAAGAAUCAAAUGGAAGACAUCGGGUACUCGAUUUAUUGCAGCUGUUGGUACGACAUUCCACCCAGCUUAUCGAAGGAUAUCGUUUUCGUUCUGCUGAGAACCCAGGUUCCGGUGCACCUGAAGGCUGGGAAGUUCUUCGUGGUCAAUAUGGAGACUUACAUGAGCAUCGUGAAAACCUCGAUGUCGUAUCUAUCGGUGUUGAGAGUCAUGAUAACCUCUUGAUACACCGUUUGCAUUGUGAAAGCACAUUU